AUGUGUAUCCCUCGUGCAGCAGGAUUUCUUUAUGCCGUUACAACGACGUACUACAUGUUAGCCUUGUAUAUGAUCGUCGACUUAAUGUUUACCAUGUUCUGCGGCAGGAGGGCCUUAUCGCGAUACCUUCGAGAGAAAUCAAUGAACGUGAAACUCAAGAAGCCCUCGUUCGUUAAAUUCCUCAAAUGCAUUCCUGAUAGAGAAUUGAGACCAUCAAUGGAGAAUGCUAAGAAUAGAAGCCUUAAUUAUUCAAACGGUAUUUGUGCGAAUACUAAUGCAAAUAUGCGAAUUAGUCGUUUACUUCGAGCUAAGAAAAAAAAAUUCUUCACGGCGACUAACAUAAUAACCGUUGUUUCAAUGAACAUUUCCCAGUACUUCGGACACGCUUUGGUGGAUACUGUAAAGAUGCAAGGUAGACAGUCAAGCUUACAAAACCAAAGGAAGCAGCCAAAAACGUAA